GAGUCCAGUCCAGUCCUGCUUCACUCGGUCAGUAACUGGAAUGAAGAGUAGUGAGCAGGACUUCAGAGAUUCUGGGAAACUGAAAAGUCUUAAAGUUUUGAAGAGGAGGAGGUUCAGAACUGAGUAAGCAUGUGAGUAAACCCAAGCUGAAGGUGUGUGUGUGUUUGAUUAAGAGAGAGAGAGAGAGAGAGAGAGCAUUUGUGGGUAAAACACCUCUCUGGGAUUGGCUUUCCAUCAGCGUGAUAUCGUCUGGAGCUCAUCAUGGUUUGCUUGUCAGUCGCUGGAGUAACCCUGCUCGUGCUGGUUGCCAUGGUGAUGCCAGACUUAGUGUGUGGGGGCCAAGAGAGAGGCAAAGACUCACGACUCACACACACUCAUUUCGCACAUAAUCAGUAUUACACGCCUCAGACUGGAGGAGUGAGGAGCAUGACUUUCCAGAAGACACCACGUAAUGACAUUCUGGAGAAUCAUCAGUACAGUUUGCAGGUUUCUGAGGCUGGACUCACUGACCUAAAGAUUCAGUCUGAAAAUAAACCUGCUCUUAGGAUUCCUGAAGCUGUCCGGCUGCAUACGGAACGCUCAGAGAAUAACGAGUGUAACGACAUUAGAUGUAAUGACCACCUUAGUGAUGGACUUCCAUCUGGUUUGAAGUUAAAAACGUUGGAGGAAGAACCAGACGUUACACUGGAGUCCACUGCAGUCCACACACACACUGACCCUGCAGUACACACACACUCUGACCCUGCAGUACACACACACAUUGACCCUGCAAUACACACACACUCAGGAGACCCUACAGUACACACACACUCUGGAGACCCUGCAGUACACACACACUCUGGAGACCCAGUCUUGCGCACACACACUGACCCUGAAGUACACACACACACUGACCCUGCAGUACACACACACACUGAAGACCCAGUCGUGCUCACACACUCCGGUCCGGUUCGUGGACUGACCCUGGAUAAAGCGCACGUGUUUUUUGGGAUCCCGUACGCAGCUCCUCCUGUAGGCCCUCAUCGGUGGGCGGCUCCUCGGCCCGUGUCUCAGUGGACGCAGCCGUACGAUGCCAGGUUCCCUAGGGCAGCGUGCAUGCAGGCUUGUGUGGGGGAAUUCUCUGAAGCGUGUCCUCAUGAGGUGAGUGAGGACUGUCUCUACCUGAACGUAUAUGUUCCUGUGAGAGUGAAGCUCUCAGUGAAGACCGCAGCUCAGAUUCCGGUCAUGGUGUGGAUCCAUGGAGGUGACUUUAUCGCCGGCUCCGCCUCCAAACCGCUGUACGAUGGACGCUUCAUCAGUAACUAUAGCAACACGGUGGUGGUAAAUGUGGAGUAUCGCCUGGGAGCGUUUGGGUUCCUGGUGACGGGAAAAGAUCCGAAGAGAUCUGCAGUGGGAAAUUACGGAAUUCUGGAUCAGCAGGCGGCUCUGCGCUGGGUCCAAACCAACAUCGCAGCGUUCGGAGGAGACCCAAAGAAGGUCACUCUAUUUGGUGAAAGUGCUGGUGCUCAGUCUGUGUGUUUACACCUGAUGAUGAAGAGCAGUGAAGCUCUGUUCAGACAUGCUACCAUACAGAGCCAGCCUUUCUCCAUCCCACUCAAAACCAGGUGGGAUGCCAUGAAGUUGGGCAGGAACUUUGUGAAACAGACAAACUGCUCUGUGUCUGACCUGCAGUGUCUUCGCUCGCUCAGCACACACACCGUCCUGCAGGCUCAGGUUCAAGCAGGUUCUAAAAUCAUCAACCCGUUCCGCUUCCUGGAGAUGUUUGAGACGUGGGGGCCGCACGUGGAUGGAGUCCUGAUCACAGAGCAGCCAAUCGCAGCGUUCCAGCAGGGACACUGGCAGAGAUAUAAACCUGUAAUAAUGGGAACUACAUCUGAAGAGGGCGUGAUCUUCGUAUACGGUGCGUUUAACUGCUCAGUGUCAGUGCUGGAGUGUAUCGCCUACACCACCGCCAUCUUCAAACAGCACACGCUCAAAGUCCUGCAGAAAUACCUCCCGGUCUACCAUAAAGUGGACAAACGGACGAUGCUGUCUCAGAUCGUGACGGAUUUUGUCUUCCUGUGUCCGGCUCGGCAGGCCGCUCGCUCUGUGCUGAGAACGGGCGGAGCCGUGUGGGUGUACGUGUUCGACCACACCCCUUCAGAUCACAAAAUAUGGGCGGGGCUGACCUUCUGUUACGAUCACGCCUGCCAUGGGGCGGAGCUUCCCUUCCUGUUCGACUCAGCUCCUGCCGCGAACUUCAGCUUCACGCCUCAGGAGAGUCGUCUGGCCGAUCAGACGGUGUGUUACUGGGGGGCGUUCGCUCACUCCGGAGAUCCGAACUCACGCAGGAAACUCACAGAGUUCUGCAGGAACCAGAGGCUCGCACCGUGGCCUAGAUACGGGCCUAGAGAGCGAUGGCCAGUUCUGAAUUUAACCCUGCAGUCUCACCUUCAGCACGGGAACAGAGAUCAUUUCUGUGACUUCUGGGAUCAGCUGGAUGUUUACUGAGUGAGGAAGAGUCUCACAAUAACUAAUGACAUCAACGACUUCUGACCGACAAUCUGCUUUAACCACACCUUCUUUAUUCUGCUCGAGGACAGAAGAACGACACAACUGUUUGUUUUAAAUCCAUAUAGUGUUGUAAAAGCUAAUUAACAGGUUAGAAUUCAUUUACGACACUGACUUUGUCCUUAACAAUGAAAUUAACUUAAUUCUAAUUCUACUGAUAGAAUUAAUGAUCUAACUGAUGAUGAAACACAAGACUGUAGAAUUAGUCUUU